GGACGAGUGCAUUAAGUUUUUAAUGUUGAUAGUAAUGAUGACUUUUACUAAUUUGAAUGCGUAUAUAUAUAUAGUGGAAUAACGUCUUGUUAAAAUCAGUUUGUUUUUAUUUAUGGUAGAUUGAGUUACAGUAAGUGCUGCGUUCAUAAGAUAAAAUGUUUAUAACGGACAAAUUAAUGACCGAUUUAAUCAUAGCGAUUACAACCCUUGUAAUCGCUGCAUAUUUUUAUAUUAGACAUAAAUACAGUUAUUGGACCAAAAAGGGUAUUCCCCAAAUUCCACCCAUUUUCCCGUUGGGCAAUCACUCGUUAAGUUUACCGAAAGGGAUAUCGUUGGGAGGACUUUCUGAAAUAUAUCAUAACGAAUUUAAAAAAAAAGGACACAAAUUAGGGGGUGUCUAUUUGGGUUUGACUCCAUAUUUGGUCGUGACUGAUGCUACAUACGCGAAAAAUAUUUUAACUACAGAUUUCUCGAGUUUCGUAGAUCGUGGUGUCUUUCACAACAAAAAAAGUCCUCUUAGUGUUAAUAUAAUAACGCAACUUGGAGACGAGUGGAGAACCUCCAGGUCCAAAUUUACAAGCAUAUUCACAUCUGCAAAAAUGAAAUACUUCUUUAGUACCAUCAAAAAAUGCAGUGAUGAAUUAGACUCUAAUUUAGAAGAGAUAGCGAAUAAUGGAAAGGCAGAUAUUGACAUUUACGAAGUUAUGGGUUGUUUUUUUACCGAUGUGAUAGGAUCAGUAACUUAUGGAGUUGACGCCAAUAGUUUCAAAUCUCCAGAUGCCAUUUUCAGAAAAUUAGGACGGGAUUUUUUUGGAACCUUUACAUUACCAUUCAGACUAGCGUUAUUCUUUACCAUUUGUUACCCCAAAUUUGCCAACCUUAUGAACCUAGCAGGCGUCCAACCUAAUAUUGAAAAAUUUUUCAAAGAUUUUGUUCCAGAAGCUCUGGAAAACAGAAUCAAAUCCAAAGAACAGAGAGCGGAUUUCCUUCAGUUAUUGAUCGAAAUGAAAAAAUCUGGAAUUGAUCUAACCGAAAACGAAAUUAUUGGUCAGUCUUUCAUAUUUUUCGCUGCUGGCUUCGAAACAUCAUCAGCAGCUUCUGCGUUAAUGCUUUACGAAAUGGCGAAAAACCCAGACAUUCAAGAAAGAGCAAGAGCUGAAAUUAAGCAAGUUCUCUCUAAACAUGGAGACGUAACCUAUGAUGCUAUACAAGAUAUGACAUAUCUCUCUCAAGUAUUAAACGAGGUCAUGAGAAAAUAUCCUCUACUGCCGUCACUCCAUAGGGUGUGUGUUAAGGACUACAAAUUUCCAGAUUCUAACGUAGUUAUUGAAAAAGGAACUCGCGUCAUUAUGUCGAUUCAAGGAUGGCACCGUGAUCCAAACCUAUUCCCAGACCCUAUGAAAUUUGAUCCUGAGAGAUUCGCAGAUAAAAAUGCUAAACAUGAAGGAUAUUUCCCAUUUGGAGAUGGACCUAGAAACUGCAUUGGAUUAAAGCUGGGAAUUCUGCAGACGAAGUUGGGUGUGGCGGAAAUAGUUAAGAAUUUUGAAAUCUCUGUGAGUCCAAAAUGUAAAGAACCAUUAAAGCUUGAUCCACUCACUUUUGUUUUAAAGAUGGAGGAUCCAAUCUUAUUAAGGUUAAAGAAAAUUAAUUAAUAAAUAUAUUUAACAAAU